AUGUCAAUUAAAGGCACGAUGAAGCUCUUAAGGGAUUUGCUGGUAGAUAGGAAGGAGUUUGAGGACUGGAAGAACAAUUUAGCAUGGGCUCGGGAUGGUACUUUAUAUUUAACAACCUUUCCAGAUAUCAGUAUUGGCCAGCCAAAAUUUACUAGGGACGUGAAUAACAAUAGUAAGAAUUUGUUCCAUGUCAAAGAACGCCCCUUAGAAUUUGAAAACAAACUGGAUUUCGAGCUGGCACAACAGAACGGUUUGCUGAAUUCGCAGCCAGUCUCCUAUCCCAGAGUCUGUAAACCAUCACCGACCGAUGAUUGGAUAGCUGUAUUAACCAAUAAUGGGAAUAUUUCUGUAUACAAGGACAGUAAAAACCUUAUCAAUAUUGACUCACCAGGCGAUUUGAGCCGCAGAAUUUACCAUUGCUUUGAGUGGAAUCCUAAUGGUUCUUCAAUUGCAGUCGGUAACGAAGAUGGUGAGCUUCAGUUUUUUGGUAUUCAGAAGAACCUAGAAACCACUCCAGAAUUUUUGUUUGAAUAUAGCUUAAAAUUAAGUGAUGCUGGCUCAAGAGAUUGGGUCACCCAUAUAACGUGGUGCGAUGAUAUUCUCAUAGCGGCGCUUUCAAAUAAUUCUGUAUUCUCCAUCACAUUUCCCACUCCCUCCAAAGAUCCUGUAUCCAAAUUAUUACAAAGUGCUUCGAGAAGAAAAAUUACUGAUUUGAAAAUAGUGGACUACAAAGUAAUUUUAACCUGUCCUGGAUAUGUUCAUAGGAUAGAUUUGGAAGAUUAUUCAAUUUCGAGCUUAAAAACAGGAUCUCCAGAAAACUUUUAUAUAAUCCCACUGAGGUACGAAAAAGAGAGUACGGUAUUACUGAUUUCUAAUAAGACUAGUUAUAAAGUUCUUUUAGGAGACGGACUCAAUAUGACGGUAGAUAAUAUUAUUGCGCCUUAUUUGGAAAAAAAAUUCAAAAAGUGGAGCACUAUUUGGAAUGAGUUCAACAAUUAUGAAACAUCUGUGGUCAUUCAUGGCGUGUCUCUCUCUCCAGAUGGAUAUUCAGUAGCAAUAAUAUAUAAUAUGGAACGGGUGGCAUUCAAAUACAAAAUUGCCUCAGAACAGUCUUUCUGUAUAAUGUUCGCUCCAUUAUAUCAAUCUUGGAGAAUUUCUGAAUAUGCUGAUGGAUUAGCGUGGUACCAAACGUACCAUAUUUAUGACAAAUCAAUGCCUCGACUUCCAGACAAUUUCAGUGCAGAUAAGAAAUUGCUAAAUGGAAGCUACCCUAUUAGUCUGGAUUUCAAAUCAUACCUCAUAGCUUUGGUAAAAAGUGAAGAGAUGAGAUCCAUAAUGUUUUUGAAUAUGACAAAUGAGGUCCCAUCACUUUUAUCAUUUCAAGAAGCAUUGUACGAGUAUGUCGCGAAUAAAACAUCCGAGCUAACAAACAACUUUGAUUUAGCCUGCGUAUUGUCUUUAGCAAAGAUACUGAACAGACAAGCGCCGAUUACUAAUGGAAAGUUAACAAUGAAAAGCGGUUUACUUGAGGAAGAUUUCGACUUAGAGAGCUUCAAAGCUGACCCUGAAAUUGUAACAUCUACAACCAAUAAUACGUGGAAAAGAUGCGGUGUGACUCUACUUCCGAUACUCACUACGCAAGUAAAAAUAUGUCCCGUGAGUAAAAAAAGAGUACUGGAUAUAAAACGAGAUGACGUCAACAAUUAUGGCUGGUUCACAAGAGGUCUACUAGAGACAUUUAAUGACAAAAGCAUAUACAGCGGAACGACGCUGGAAACAAUUUAA